CGCCGUCGUCGCGGGCGCCGGGCGGGAGGCGCCGUGGACUCGUCCCAGCGAGGCGGCGCGCGGGGGACGGUGUCCUCAUCCGUGGCGCAUGUAUAUAUAGGAUCCUCCCCUGUCGACUCUGCACGCCUUAUCGUCACACACAGAGUCAGAUUGCGGGCAGCCAUAGACUUGCUUGCUGAGGCAACUGGCCAACUGCUCCGGGAGGAAGACGAAGGGAGAAAGGCCAACAGGGCGCUGGCUGUCUGGCUAUCUAGUGUAGCUUUAACAAGAAAUUAAGGAUCCAUGGCGUUGGGAGACGACUCCAAUCCUGCCUCUUACAUCCACACGGUGCAGCACCUGAUUGAGAGGUGCAUGACGUUCGGGAUGAGCAUGGAGGAGUGCAUGGAGGCGCUGGCCAAGCGCGCCGACGUCCAGCCCGUCGUCACCUCCACAGUGUGGAAGGAGCUGGAGAAGGAGAACAAGGAGUUCUUCGACCAGUACAAGCAGUGGACAUCGGAGAAGCGAAGCGCGGGCCGCAGCUCCUAACAACCAAGCUGAUCGAGCUGCUGGCCUGCUUAAUUAGUUAAUUACCGUGUUUAUUUAGUUUCUUUGGUUUUAUUUGUGUUUAUGUACUACUUAGGCAAUAAGAGAUAGGUAAAGGCCGGCUGCUAUCGUGAUCUGCUGGAGUAUCUAUCGAUCACCUACUGUUGGGCUUGUGUACAGGGUAUGCAGGGAAGCUAUCAUGUGCAGCAAUAUUCGAUUCUGUUUGUCCAUGCGUACGCGUUCGUCACGGGCGUGUCACGCGCGUAUUUCUUCAUCCAAAUUAUUUUCGUAAAAUAUCAUUUUAGUUUAUUUUAUUAAUAUUUUGAACCGAUCCAAUAAUCUAGAAUAUAUAUAAUUUGCAUC